AUGUUGUUUAACAACAAAAAACAAAAUAAACAAUUAAUUGUAAAUAAUUUUCAUGUUGAAAAUGACAAUGAGAGAAAUGACUUCAAGAAGAAAUUAAAUGAAUGUGUUGAUUUAUUUGAUUCAAAUGAAUAUCCAAAUCAAUUAAUAUUCACAAAGAAUGGAGGAUAUUCAUCACAACUUUCAUACAUUGUUGAGAAAAUGAUAUCACCAUAUGACGAUACCAAUUAUAUUAGAUCAGUAAGAAUAUCAGAUUUUACAGAAGAUAGAAUGAAAAUAGAUUAUAGUAAUGUGUGUACGACCAACAAAUGUGAACUGAGAAAAAUGUCUGUUAACAAAACUACUUGGAGAAUGGUAUUCAAAUCUAAAUAUUAUUAA